UACCAAGGUUUUUCGGCGAAGACUGCAGAUAUGAUGUUUACUAUUGAGAGUAUACUGGGAGACAAGCUCCGAGCAAAUCGCUCUACCGCUGAAUCGCGACGGCCGCAAGAUCUGUACGAAAAUGACGGAAAAGAUGCGAAAUUCGUUGCAUCCCUCGUCCGUCAACGACACGUCGGGAAGGAUUCGCCCCCUCCGCUAAUACCUGCGGCGUUGGCCACUGCGACUAGUGCCGAAACUACGACCGUGAAGUCACGUGCGCCACAACCGCACGCGGCGAUCGAGCAGCAUCGUCCGCCGCCCUCUGUCGUAGUGUGCCGCAAGAGAAAGAGCACGUCAGACGGAGAAGACGAUAUUUCCGGUAAGUGAGCGCUUAGUCAAUUAGUCAUUCCCCCCUUUUAGUUAGAAUUGCAACAUAUUUCAGUGCAAUGUUGCAAACUUGCAGCUAGCAAUUCUACCACUUUUUACUGUCUGUUUUAUGUUUUAUUAGAUUGUGACAACCUCUCGGGGGACAGCUGCAGUGCUAUGCAGCCCGACAACCCCUCAUGUUCCUCGACCUGUUGCCAGCCGGCGUCCCCCGGCGACUGCGACAGACGUCUCAAGAGAAGUCGGACCACCUUCUCACAGGCCCAGCUGGAGGAGCUGGAGCUGGUGUUCAAACAGACUCACUAUCCAGACGUCCUCCUCAGAGAGCAGCUCGCCGCCCACAUACACCUACCAGAGUCCAGAGUUCAGGUGUGGUUCCAGAACAGAAGAGCCAAGUGGAGAAAGAGAGAAAAGAUAGCUGUAGCUGCUGUGGACAAGAGAUUCCGAAUCUCCCCUCCCCUCCUCACAGAUCACACCCUCUCCUUCCCCUUCCCCACCAAGUGGACUCCUCCCCUCACACCCUCCCCUCCCCACCAUCUCACCCUCACUCCUCACAGCCUCACUCCCUUCACCCUUUCUGUCCCCUCUCCUCCCUCCUCCCUCAUCCCCAUCUCACUCUUCCCCUACCCACCAAUCUGCAUCCCUACAGCUCUCAGAAUACCUCCACAAGUUCUAAUCGCUGCUCACAGAUAGCUAUUCUCACCCUCCAUCAAAUUAUUAUGGUGUAUUAUACCAUG